AUGUUUUGUUUCUUGAUUUUCUAUCAUUUAUUUUUAAAUAUAAAAUAUAUAACAACCAAAGAAUUAAAUAAUGAAUAUCCAAUAUGUCAAGUUUGUAUAUGCUAUAAAGAACUGAAAAUUGUUGAUUGUUUUAAAGGGAAUGGAGAAGAAUUUAGAUUAAAUAUGGUAAGACUACCAGAAUGGGCAGAAACAUUUGAAGCAUUUAAUUUAAGUCAAUCAGAAUUUCCCCAUUUUUCCAUGCAUUCUGGUCUUAAAAAACUUCAAAUUAAACAUUCAAAUCUUCAAUUUAUACAUCCGUUAGCAUUUCAACCACUUCCUGGAAUUGAAGAAUUAAUUUUGUCUGACAAUUUAAUUGAAAAACUUCCAAAAAAUAUUCUCCAAACUUUGAGAAAUUUAAAAGUUUUAGAUUUGAGUGGAAAUAAAAUUAACGGAUUGGAAGGAAUUGGAGGACAAUUGGGAAGUAAAGGGCAAAUACUCGACAGUUUGGUUAUUUCAAGAAAUCCUUUUUGCUCUUUUAAUACAAGUGAAGUUUUUAAAUCAACAAAUAUAUUAAUGCCAUCUUUACCUCUUUCACGUCAAAUUCACAUUAUUGAAAUGGAAAGUGAAUUUGUUGAAAUAAAUGAAAAUGAAUGGAAAUUUAAAAUGAAAAAUUUGAAGACAACAAAUUCAUCAGAUAUUUUUUGUAUUUUACCCUUUUCUCAAAAUAAUUGGAAAAUUUUGAAAGAAUUACGUGUUGAUCAAAAUAAAGAUAUUAAAAUCCAUCCAAAUGCUUUAGAGAAUAUAGCCUCCCUUGAAAUAUUUGAUUUUUCUAAUGGAGGUUAUUUUCCCGAAGAAUUCUUUUUUGAAUGGACUAAACGACCAGAAACUAAAUUAAAACAAUUUAAAUUAAAAAAUACAAAAAUAUUUAAAUCGGCAUUUCAAAACAAUUUUUAUUUAAAUAAUUCAAAAAUAAAUGAAAAUAAUGAAGGAUUAAAUUUAAAAAAUAAUCCUUGGACAUUUUGCUCGUUAAAUAUGGAAUUGCUUGAAAUUGGGAAUAUUGGAAUUGGUUAUGAAUUAAAUUUAAGAGGAUGUAAAAAGCUUAAAUGGCUACAUGCAGAUAACAACAAAUUUGGCCAUUUAAUUUUUGGCGAAUCUUCUGGACCAGAAAAACUUUUAUCCGUUUCAUUAAAUUCAAAUCUCUUUAAAGAAUGGCCAGAAAGUCUUUUAGAUGUCAGCCAUUCAUUAAUCACUUUAAAUUUGGCAAACAAUUUAAUUGACUAUUUACCAGAAAAUGGAAAGUUAUUAAUGACACUAUUUCCUUGUCUGGAACAGUUGGAUUUGUCUGGAAAUAAACUUAAUCGUUUUGAGGCAAAAUCUUCACUAACAAAUAUUCCAACAAAACUUGCCUAUCUAAACCUAUCAAAUAAUCAACUCCAAAAAUUCGGCAAUUCAAUUAAAGAAGAACUUCCUUCAAUUGAAGUUCUUGAUUUAUCAAAUAACCAAUUAAAAAUAUUUAAUUCAUUUGAGUGGUUGCCUUCAUUAGUGUUUUUAUAUUUAAAUCAAAACGAAGGAAUUAAUAUACAAAUUAACAAAAGAAAAACAAAUUUUAAAUUAAUGUUUAUUAAAUUAAAUAAUUGUUCACUUAAAGAAAUGCCCGAUUUUAGCAAGUUUUUGUUUCUUAGAUCUAUUGAGUUAUGUGGAAAUAGAUUAACUGAAGUUCCUGGAUAUUUAUUGCCAACUAAUCGAUUUCUUGAAUAUGAUUUUCGGAAUAAUUCUUUGAAUAAAUUGGGCUGGGAUUGGAGCGAAACACAAAUUGAAAGAAUAUCUGGAUUAAAAGUAGACGGGAAUCCAUUAGAUUGUGCUUGUCCUAUGCCUGAACGUUUAAUAAAAAUAGUUGGAGAAUUGGAGGUAUAUUAA